CCUGUUCCCAGCAAGAUGCCUUAUUUUGUAAAACUCCUUUUAAUAAUCUUUUGCUUAGUUCUUCUCGUGGAAAGCAGAAAACAGAGGAGGAGGAGGUGGACAAGCCAGCUGGGGGUGCAGAGGGCAAGUCACAUCUAUAAGAAGAAUCAUGACGUGACCAAAACUUGGAAAGGAAAGACGGAGCAGCUUCUCAGGGUUGAUGACCAUGACUUCACCAUGAGGCCAGCUUUUGGAGGCCCUGCAAUUCCUGUUGGGGUUGAUGUGCAAGUUGAAAGCUUGGACAGUAUUUCUGAGGUUGACAUGGAUUUCACUAUGACUCUGUACUUAAGGCACUACUGGAAGGAUGAGCGUCUCUCGUUUCCCAGCACCACCAACAAGAGCAUGACCUUCGACGGCAGGCUGGUGAAGAAGAUCUGGGUCCCCGAUGUCUUCUUCGUGCACUCCAAAAGGUCCUUCAUUCAUGAUACCACCACAGACAACAUCAUGCUGCGAGUGUUCCCUGAUGGUCACGUCCUGUACAGCAUGAGGAUCACAGUGACAGCAAUGUGUAACAUGGACUUCAGCCGCUUCCCCCUGGACUCUCAGACAUGUUCUCUGGAGCUGGAAAGCUAUGCUUACACUGAUGAAGAUCUGAUGCUGUACUGGAAAAAUGGGAAUGAAUCUCUGAAAACUGAUGAAAAGAUUUCUUUGUCUCAGUUUUUGAUACAAAAAUUCCACACUACAUCAAGACUGGCUUUCUACAGUAGCACAGGUUGGUACAAUCGCCUCUACAUAAACUUCACUUUACGCCGACACAUCUUUUUCUUCCUGCUCCAAACCUACUUCCCUGCCACGCUGAUGGUCAUGUUGUCCUGGGUGUCCUUCUGGAUCGAUCGCCGAGCAGUUCCUGCCAGAGUCUCUUUGGGGAUAACCACUGUGCUGACCAUGUCUACAAUCAUCACUGGGGUGAACGCCUCCAUGCCCCGCGUUUCCUACAUCAAAGCAGUGGACAUUUAUCUGUGGGUCAGUUUUGUGUUUGUCUUCCUCUCGGUGCUGGAAUACGCAGCAGUGAAUUACCUGACUACGGUGCAAGAGAGGAAAGAGAGGAAACUCCGGGAGAGGUUUCCAUGUACAUGUGGAAUACCUCAUUCAAAAACUAUGAUGCUGGAUGGAAACUACAGUGAAUCUGAUGCCAACAGCCUGGCAGGAUAUACAAGAAACCAGAUGGUCCCAGAGGAAGAAAAACAAGAAAAGAUGGUUGUGCACUUAGCUAUGAGCAAAGAAUCUAAUUCAUCAAGGAAAAGAGGCCUGAAGGGCCAUGUGGGCUUACGCAUCAUCCAGAACACUCAUGCAAUUGAUAAAUACUCAAGAUUAAUAUUUCCAGGCACCUAUAUAUUUUUUAAUUUGAUAUAUUGGUCCGUCUUUAGCUAAGCAUGCUGGCACAGCAGUGACUGAAGCAGAAGACAUUUACGAAACUCUUUUGUUGGUUCUUUUUCAGUCUAACCUGGAUCCAAAGCCAGAAAACUUAUUAUUUUAUUGCUUCUUUGGAGGUAAAGGAGAGGGCACAUCCUCCAGCAGGCAACUCCAUGUACAGGCAUCACGGAGGAACCUGCUGUGCUGGUUGCUUUCCAAUCCACACCCCAGCUCCCAUUUGCUUUAUGACACAUGUCAUUUCUCAUACUUGAAAAGAUGUGCUCACCAUUUGCCCAAAAGGUGCUGUAUGUUCAUUUGGGGCCGGCCAUGCUGGUGGGGCCUGCUGUGCAACGGACAACCAGAGACAGUGCUCACGUGGGCUGUCAGGGAUUGACAAAUGCAACUUGCAAGGGGAGGUCUGGACAGCACCUCUCCUGUAAGGGAACUGAAUGAGGCCUUUCCUUUUCAAAAUCUCUGCUUUUGAGCAAAUCCUUUUAUUUUUCUUUGACAUACGAACAUCAUAUUUCUUUCUAUUGGCUUAUGAAGAAGACCUCCUUUAGGAUCCAAACUCUGCUUUCUCUGAAUAGGACCUUCAUUAAUACCAUUAGAUCAGUUGACUGGCCAGGAUCGGCAGGGUUGGUUACAGAGUGCAGGUGGUUUGUUUGAGUCGGUGGUCAUUUUUUUUCCAGAUUAGAAGUAAGGAGUGAUAAUGAGGCAGAGCAAAGAAGCUCACAGACUCACAGAAGCUGGCUCCCAAAGUACCUGGGUAAUGAAAACAGGGAGGUUUAGGUAUGUGUUCUCCAUAUAACUUGAGCACAGCACAUGAUAUGUGGCACCUGCCCUCUAAAAUGAGAGGGGAAGCUGAUGUGUAGCAUAUACAGUCAGCACACGGUGAACGGGCAGUGUCUCUGGGAUGAUCGCUUUCUCUCUUCAGAAGCAGAAGACAGUGUCGAGGCCAGCACUGGUGGCUUUCAAGGAUUUUCCUCACCCCUGUGAGGAAAGGGCAACCCACAGAGAAACUGUAUAUCCCAGUGUGCCUCUCCCAAUCAACACAUUGUCCUUCUGUUCAGGCAUUUUGGAUCAAGAGGGAGAGAUGUCUGCCAGAACCUCUCUCUGCAGAAACACAGGCAUGUCAGAGAUUAAAUGGCCAUACUGUGGGAUUCAAUGAAAUCCUGCCUAGCCUCUGGCUCCAGGGUUGAUGUAAGUCCUUUGAAGCUGCUGGAGACCAUUGUAACAAGCUUCUGUGUUUGGCAUUUCAUUGUUUGUCCUGUGAUAUCUCCCUUUCCUUUGCUAACAAUGCUGACAGCAAAACCCAAAUGUUGAAACAUGAUAGCAAGAAGACAAUGAUGUCCAGGUUUGUGUGCUCCUUAUUUUUAGAAAACACCAUGACUUUUUGGCUGUGGUGGAGAUUAUGUUCAUCAAAACAUUUGGCUACCAAGCUGAAACUCAGCAGGGUGAAACAGAGCCUGAAAUGUGAAGACCCAGGACUGAGGUUAGGAGCUGACUCAAUGAUAAGAUUAAGUUACACAUCUGAGUGGGGUUGGGUCAUGAAGAUUCAUAUAAAUAACAUGAAUAAAGGAAAAGCAAACAAAAAUACUAAUAAAACUGUAACUACUUGUUGGCAUGUGAAAUCUUCUGCUUAAUUGUGAUGUCCUAAAUCUCAAGGGAAAUAGAAGAUGGCAGGGAAGCGUCAACUCCAGGCUGUCAACAAUACCCAGGUUUUUCCUCGUGCUUCAAAUACUGCUGCCUAAGUCACACUGAUUUACUGGAAACAAAAUUGAUGAGAGAAACUAAAAUGAAUAACUGUGUUCCCCUUUCGUUAGCCAUGUUAAUAAGUGACAUGAAUGGAGUUCUGUCUGGUCAUAAAAGUAAGAAAAUACAGCCCUGAAAUCACUGGCAAGAAGAGGACACAUGGAAGGACAGCAUCUGAAAGAAAGGAUUGCCCUGUAUCCCAGCCUGCCACUCCUCUCCUGAGCCACCAGGUCAGUGCGUUUGCCACUCAUGGCUCUCCUUGGAGCUGAAACCUGGAUAUUUCUCACAUCGACAGGUGGAGGUCACUACAAAAAAGAUAGAAAAAAUGUUAAAGAAAUAGCCCACUCAUCUUUUGAGAGGUUAAAGCCUGGUUAACAGUAUGCAUUCUUCAGCAUUCGCAGUUUUGAGUGUAAACCAGGAACCAAUGCCACAGCUGGCAGCAGGACAGCGCAGUGAAGGGACCUUUGCUGGGGGAAGGCAGCAAAACUGCACCAUGAAGUCACCAUGAGUCACAGGGAGUGAGAAGCUUGGUUCCUGUGCCCCCCCGUUUUGUCAGUCUUUCUGCAUUACCCAUGGCACGUGCCACUUAACCUCUCAGUGCCUCAUCUCCUCCAUCUGGAAAGUGGGGAGCAAUAACAUUUACCUACCUCACGAGGUGCCCAGGGGCUUAACUUGCUUAACUAGCACGUGUGUGGGGCAUGGUUAUGAUUUCUGAGUAGGUCGCCCAGUGGGAAUCUGAAGGUUUUUGUCUUAGUUAUCAGUGAGUUCUUCAAAUGUGUCCUCUGAAUCAGUCCAGCUGGAAGAAAGGGGGUAUCUCCCCCGCCUUAUAAUGAUAUUAAGCCAGAUAUCUCCCCUGCAUUAUAAUGAUAUUAAACCAGAGAUAAAUGUAGCCCAACAGCCAAAAAAGUGAGCACUGUCAAUGAAUAAUGCCUCCUGGCAUACAAAAAAAAAAAAAAAAGAACUCCUAGUGCUUCACUUUUUGCCAUUUGUUUUUAUUACAUCACCUGUUUCCUUGGAAGUUUUGUGGAGACAAAGACAGUCCUUCAGAUCCUAUCAUCUUUGUACUACUGCUGCCUGUAGUUCAAAUGCUAGCUAAUAAACAUCUUUUGGAGAGGCCACCUUAUUGUUAUCUCAUGUGCAUGUGUACAUAACUGAUAGAGAUUGAUGUCUGUUUCUACCAGACACAAUUAUACAGCCUAUAAAACCAUCAAUGUUUCCAUUAAAGGAAAAAAGUAUCUCUAUCAUCUUAGGCACCACUUAUUAUUCAUCAAAACAAAAGAUGAAAAAUAUAGAUGCAAAUAAAACCAAGACACUCCUUCAGGCAGCAGAUGAAUUGUAUUUUUCUGCUUAUUAAAAGGAGAGUGGCUAGGCAUGAAACUAGAACAAAUAUUUGAAGUGUGGUA